AUGAAUCAACAACAACAACAUCAACAGGAGCGGUUGAAUCAUCUCAUUCUCGCUUGCUACGAUACAAAGAACACGGCCAUGAAGAAUACAAGACGAUUGGUGCAUAGUAGUUGUGGGAUGAGAGAAGAUUCGCCUCCUUUGAUGAGAUCUGAAACUCCUCAGUUUGGUUUGAGUGUUCCGACGAGUACCAGACAAUCGAUGGAACAAGCAAAAAGAAAGCAGAAGAAAAAUAAGGUAGAACGAGAAUCGAAUUCGACCAUGAUAGAGACGACAAAAAUACCAGUCUCUGUAAAUAGUAAUCCCCCUUAUCAUUCCAAGAUUAAUAAUCCACUCAAGGAUAGUAUAGGAUUCAAUGCGGUGAAGCCUCAAAUCGGAAGUGACGACUCUGGUUUAAAACAACUAGGUAUUACCAACUCUUUGGUAAAGAAAAUUUGGGACAGUACCCUAAAAUAUAUCGAAAAUGAGCUAAUUUCAGGAAAUCCAGUGGAAAUUCCAAAUUUAGGACUGUUAACUUUCAACACAGAGACUCAAGAUUGCGGCUCAUACACUCGCAAGCAUCAAACUCCAGUUUUUAUUCUUUCAGAACAUUUUCAGAAACGAUACGGUAUAUCAACACUCAAGGUACCUCUUAACGAUGGAAAGAAAAAGAUGAACCUGUCACACAUUGCAACAAAUGUGCAUGCCUCUAAAAACGUUGUUAAAGCCGUCAUUGAGUCAAUUGUCAAAAAUAUUGGACAAAGAGCAAGCGAAGCAACAAAGAAAGACUAUUCUGUAAAUUUAAAUGUAUGCAAGCUAUUAUUCAAAGGAAAAAACUGCCAUCCAAAAUGGGAUGCAACAUUUUUGCAAAAUAUUGAAAAGAACUUGACCAAAACUUUGCUUACCACAGAUGCAUCAGCUCCUCCAAGAGGGCAAUAUGAAAGCGCUCGAAGAACGAAGAAAUUGAUCGAAGAACUUGGGCUCAGCAUUCGAGCACCAACUCCGAUAUUGGAUCAUUGUGCUUCUUCACCCUGUAGUGCAAACCUAUCCACAAAAUCCAACUUUUCAGCCAUAUCUCUAGGCCCACCCCACGAUGUUGAUAAGAUCACAAGUGUCUCCUCGGAGGAUUUCAAGCAUGUAAGCCCUACUCAUAGCGCUAAAGAAUUACAGACUAGAAAGAAGUUUGGAAAAGAUACGCUAUCGAAUAAGGUGGGACAAUCGAUCGAUCAAAUUUAUGUCCCAGAUCCCAAUCGGUCCCUUGUUAAACCAAGACCAUCAACACCCUUCGAACUGGACAAGGACAAAGAAGAGGACGUUAGGAUAGGCUUAAAAAACCUACUUAUUGAUAAGCACAACAAAAAGGAAAUUACUCACUUCAACCACGAAAAGGAGAGAUUUUACAAUGAAUGGGUAUCUCAAAGAGAAAAAGAAGUGGACGAAUCGUUCAAACAGGACGCACUGAACAACACAAAUGCAGUCCAUAACUAUAAUUUAAAUGUAGCUAGAGAGAAGAAGAAAGCAGAGAAGGAGGCACAACAAGCAGAAACAAAGUCCACUCACCUGGAUAACGUACAUGCAUUGCAUGCAUCUCUGGUAGAAACAUUUAAAAAUGACAGAAACAAAAAGGAUGCAUAUGCAAGAGAAUUAGCUCAACAACAACAUCGACAAGCAUUAGACUCAAGUAUUAAGAUGAGCGACACAGCUCUACCAGAUUUCGAUAACUCUAUCUUUAUGAGGAACUCAUACGACCAUAAAACCGAUCCUUCCUACUGGCAACAACGACGAGAAAAACAAAAGGAAUUUUAUAAUUCUCUCCAAAACCAAGUCCUUGAAAAAAAAGAAUUGGAGAAGAAAGCUCAGUUGGAUAGUGUUAGAAACACUAAUCAAGUUAUCAUCAACGGCUCAGAUGAUGAUUUUAAGAAAAGGCAAGAAGAAUAUCGAAACAAGGCAAGAGAAGAAUUCAAACAAUUCAUUGCUUCAAAAGAAAAUGAAAUUAAACGGUUACGAGAACUUGGUUUAGAGAGAAGCAGAGAAGAAGCACGACAACAAGCAAAACUGUUACAAUCGAUCAUUAGUAAUAAUUUACGACAUUCAGAAAGUCAAAAUGCAACUAGAAAUUCCUUAAGUAGGCAAGUUUAUGAAAAAGAAGCAGAAAAAGAGCAAAAUACCAAGCUAGAAAAAUCCUACAUGAACAACAGUAGCAUGUUUUAA